ACAAGUUCUGUUUCCCUUUUCACAAGAUCUGCAGCCUUUGAUUGGGUAUCGGUAUCUCUUCGUCGAGGCGUGCAGUGAGCGCGUCAUGAUCUUGCAACAAUUAUUCAACUAUUGCGGUCGUUGGAGCAACAUUUCAUCAGAAAAGAAUAUCCCGUCGGGCAUCGGCACAGCCGCCGUUAUCCGCCACGACAGGCGGACGAGCAUGCGAAGCUGAUUCAUGAAUUGAUUGAUCAUUUGAAGGAAAACACCCUUCACUUGCUACUCAUCAUCCACUCAACUUGCUGUAAACAUGUAUCCGAAAUGGCUUGGGUUAUUAUGAAUGUGCAUGACUUUGGCUGUAUAUAUCUACACUGACAGUUGAUGAUACUCACACGCCUCACGAAAUUUCACCCACGCACUUGACCAUGUCUGCUAGUACAUCGUCUUUCCUGGCCUCAUCGUCGCACGCUAUACAUUUGCCAUCUACAACAAGCCAGCUUAUCCAUAUCCUCACGAUCAUUCAAACAUCUCGACCGGCUUUGAUCAAGGUUGUCACUUUUCUAUUAUCAGAAUGCCGGAAAUCAAUGUGCACCGAAACGCCUUCUUCAUCGGCCCCCAAUCGUCUGCCUACUCUAUCCUCUCUCAUGCCCCACACGUUGAAAGGAAAACGUAAACGCUCCAUCACCCACUUUGACGGCAUCCCAUUAUCGGUACUCCCACUCCAAACUCCAUCACCACCAACUCCCGAACGAAGAAUCGUCACCCUCAGACGGGCCAUGGGACUGUAUAAGACCAUGUCGGGGGUAUCUAUCAGUGGAAAAAGUCUAGAUUCCAAAUCAGUGGAGGAUAUGCAGAGAGACGCGUAUCACUUUGCAUGUCAUUAUAUGAACAACAAGUCCUCUUCGAUCAAAGACGACUCUGAAGAUGACCGUGAAAGCUCGACGGAAGGGGAGGACAGCGACGACGAGGAUGAUGUGGUCCUCGUGUUCAGCCGACCAUACUGAACGAACCCUCAAGUUCCCUCAGCACCACAUCUGCAAUCCACCUUGUACAUUUGACAAUUUUAUCUUC